UCUCUGAUUGAAUUAAGACAUCUUCUUUUUUUUUCUAUAGACUUUGCGGCAUGUUCGCUUUUCUGAAGUUUACUCGUAAACGAGCUUCGAAUCCAUAACCGUAAGUUCAAAGCUGGAUGCAGAAGUUGAAGCAGUCAGAAAAAAACCCGACGAGUAGCAUACAAGAUGAGAGGAUGAUGAUCAUGCUAAGUUUGUUUGGUUUAUGACAGAGGUUAAUAUGAAUCUCUUUCUUUCUUUCUUUCAUGUAUGUUUCGUUUUUUGUGUCUAAUGGUUGGUUAAAAGUGUUUGUGUGAGUUUUAGUUGUUUAUAUGUAGAGAAAAGGUCGGUUAGUAUGGACAUAGUUAAAAGUAAUGACAAGAAAGGGCUAAUUUUAAAGACCUGGGAACGUUGCAAAUCAUUUCAUAGUGUUGGAAUCAAGACCAAACGAGCUCUCGCCAAGAGAAGCAUAUCGUUGCCUCGGUUAGAUGCAAACAAGGGGAAAUCACUUAAUAUUGCUCCAAAAGGUUGUUUCUCGGUAUAUGUUGGACCUCAAAAACAAAGGUUUGUAAUUAGAGCAGAGUACGCAAAUCACCCACUCUUCAAAGCGUUUCUUGUGGAAGCCGAGUGUGAAUAUGGAUACAGAAACGAGGGACCGCUCGAGCUUCCAUGUGAUGUGAAUGAAUUUGUAAAGGUUUUGUUAGAAGUGGAUAAUCGUUCCGAAAACCUCAACUCUCCCGGAUGUAUCUUUGGCAACAAGGAAUAUCAGUAUGAAUCUUAUCCCGUGUAAAAUAAUUGGACAGUAAUCCUAUAAAGCGAAAGUUGGUUUGUGUGUUUUUAAUUUUGAUUUUGAAAUUUCUUAUCGAUGUUUGGAGGUUUCUUAUCGUCUAGAAUCUUGUUUUGGUUGUAUGCGAUUAGAAAAAAGAUAUUUGAAGAACUUUUUGUCUUGAUGUGAA